UGGAGCGAGGCAGGCGACAGUUGCCAAUCUUUACAGAGGAGUAAGUCCCGUUUAAAAAAAAAAAAAAAAACGGGAGGAAAACGCCUGAGCAUGCAGAGUGCAAAGACCAUGAGUCUCUGUCUGCCCAAGCAGUGCCUUUGCCUGGCCUUCCUGCUCCUCCACCUCCUGGGACAGGUCGCUGGGACCGGGCAUUGUCCCAUUCCGUGCCCCAGCUCCUGCCCGGAGGCACCGCGCUGCGACCCGGGGGUGAGCGUGGUGAGGGACCGCUGCUCCUGCUGUCUGGUGUGCGCUCGCCUGCGCGGCGAGAGCUGCUCAGAGAUGCAUCCGUGCCAGGAGAGCAGCGGCCUCUUCUGUGACCACAGCGCCGACCCCAGCAACCAAACUGGCAUCUGCAUGGCCAUAGAAGGAGACAACUGUGUGUUCGCGGGGGUCAUUUACCGAAGCGGAGAGACCUUCCAGCCCAACUGCCAGUUCCAGUGCACCUGCCAAGACGGCCAGGUGGCCUGCGUGCCCCGCUGUGACGAGGAUGUGCUGAUGCCAGGCCCCGAGUGCCCGGCCCCCAGAAAAGUCAAGGUGCCCGGCGAGUGCUGUGAAAAGUGGGUCUGUGACACAAAUGACACGUUACAGGACUUCCUGACUCUUCCAGCCUACAGGUCAGAAGCCACUGUAGGAGUGGCCGUCUCUGAUUCGAGUGUCAACUGCAUUGAACAGACCACAGAGUGGAGCGCGUGCUCCCGGAGCUGCGGCAUGGGGGUGUCCACACGGGUGACCAACAAGAACCAGCAGUGUGAGAUGGCCAAGCAGACCCGGCUGUGCAUGGUGCGGCCCUGUGGGCAAGAGCACAGACCACCACGAGAUAAGAAAGGAAAAAAGUGCCUCCGCACCACGAAGUCACUCAAAGCCAUCCACCUGCACUUUGAGAACUGCACGAGCCUGGAAACCUACAAGCCCAGGUUCUGUGGUGUCUGCAGUGACGGCCGCUGCUGCACCCCCCACAACACCAGAACCAUGGAUGUGGACUUCCGGUGCGCCCCAGGAGAGCUCGUCAGGAAGUCAGUGAUGUCCAUCCGGACCUGCACUUGUCACUCUAAUUGUCCUCAAAACAAUGAAGCCUUCCUCCAGGACCUGAAGCCAAACACCAGCAGAGGGGGCAUGUAAUCUGUCCCCCUCCGAGAAGCACAGCUACAGAAGCAAAUGGUCACUUGGCAUGCCCACCAUCAUAUGAAUAGUCAAAAAUUGCCAAGAAUUAUUCUUUCACCCCGAGCCCUAUGUAUUUUCUGUGGUCAUAUGAGGUCAGUUAUAUGUGUCUUUUUUUUUUUUUUUUAAUGAAAGAUAAGAUUAACUGUAAACUUGGAAUCAAAGUAAGCUCAGGAUUUGUCUUUGGAAUGACUAACUUGUCUGGGACAUUUGCUACAAAAUAAGAUGGCUAUGCAUUAAAAAAAUCAGAUAGAAAUUUUAUGUUGUAGACUGCAUUACAUUGCACUCAUUUUGUCAUCCAUUAGUGCAAUUUUAAGAAAAUGUCACUGGAAGGAAUGACAUAGUGAAGUCCAAGAUCAUUCAAAACAUGCCAUCAUGCAAGUAUUUUGAGAUUUGACUGGAGGGCUCUCUGCUGAGCUCUCUUAUGAAAUAGCUCAACCCUUAAAUUCCAAGUCCAGGGUCUGAGGAAACAUAGAGCUCUUCAUCUUCAAAUCCAGAGACUAUUGGUUUCCUGUUUAAUUGCACAGUAGAAAACGUGCUGUAUCUACAGUAUACGAUGAUUGUGAAUUAAAUGAACGCUGCCAUAACAUGCUCCGUUUCAGAUAAAUGAACUCCUUUCUUCCAGUAGAAAGCAGCUAACAGAAAACUCCCCCUAACACAGAGAUGAUGGGGCCUGACCAGCCUCCUACAUUGCCUGCCUGAGUCCACUAGGGGCCCCUCAUUUUUCAAUCAGAAGAAGCAGAGCAUGUCAGCAGAGAGCCACUCUUCUUCUUAUAAGGAAACUGAGGCACAAAGCACCUGAUGACAACCUUGGAUGACUUUCAAAUGGGUUUGUAGUGGAAUUUUGAAAAAGAACAAAAUUGACGUGGCUGUGGUGACAAGAUACCACAACUUUUAGAGGAGCUUAGAAUUACUAUAGACAUGUCCAAAACUCAUCCUUGGGCCAUAAUUAUGCAAACUCAUCCACAAGAUAUAUAUGUACACAUGUAUCUGUCAGGCUACAAGAUAAGGUGCAAACUUAAAUGUUUACGUUUUUCUCAUGUCACCAUAUGUGUUCAGCUUUUCUCCUUUGAAGUAUUUAUAUAAAUGUAAAUUAUAUAAAAUAUUCUUUUUACUUCCUCUACUUGUUAGAUAUAACUAA